CAUUGGAACAAGUCAAACAUUAAAUCAUCUCAUUAAUAAAGAAAGGAUGGCAGUUUGGGACAGAAAGAUUUCCUGUUGCUUCACGUUACUGCUCGCUGGUGCUCUGGGUCUAAGUGUGAACUAUCCAGAUCCUGUUUGGGCUGUGAAAGGAUCGACCGUCCUCCUCCCCUGCUCCUUCACACCACUGAAGUCUGUCAAUGACAAUGGAAGAGAAGUUUUGAUCGAGGUCGUCAGAGUCGCCUGGUGCCAGAGCCCUCACAUCUGUCUGAAAGGCACUCCGUCUGUGUACGACAGUGAAUCAAACAACAACGACCCUCGUUACAGAUACCUGGGAGACAAGAAGAGAAACUGCACUUUACAGAUCUCAGAUUUACAGGAGAAAGACGACGCAACUUUUCGCUUCAGAGUGGAAACUAAUGACGGCAGAGCAACUUUCACUGACAAAUCAGGAGUGAGAGUCAGAGUCGUAGGUGCUCUGGGUCUAAGUGUGAACUAUCCAGAUCCUGUUUGGGCUGUGAAAGGAUCGACCGUCCUCCUCCCCUGCUCCUUCACACCACUGAAGUCUGUCGAUGACGAUGGAAGAGAAGUUUUGAUCGAGGUCGUCAGAGUCGCCUGGUGCCAGAGCCCUCACAUCUGUCUGAAAGGCACUCCGUCUGUGUACGACAGUGAAUCAAACAACAACGACCCUCGUUACAGAUACCUGGGAGACAAGAAGAGAAACUGCACUUUACAGAUCUCAGAUUUACAGGAGAAAGACGACGCAACUUUUCGCUUCAGAGUGGAAACUAAUGACAGCAGAGCAACUUUCACUGACAAAUCAGGAGUGAGAGUCAGAAUCGUAGAUGGUGAUCAGAUGAAGAUAAGAAGCUCCAGAGAUGACGGAGAGUUUAAAAGAGGAGAAGCAGUCACACUGAACUGUUCUGCUGCAAUCUGCACUAUCCACCAACUGGAGGUCACCUGGUUCAGAGAUGGCCACGCCCUCUCAGAGACUGGCCCCGCCCUCCAUCUGGGUUAUCUGACUGCAAAGGAUUCUGGGAACUACACCUGUGGUUUGAAGAGGAACAUCCGCACCCUCUCAGUGCCGUACAGCCUUCACGUGGAGGCUGACGAGGAAGGUAUGUUUGAACAGUUUUCUCUGUUUGCUGGAAAUAAUUAUUAA